AGUUUGAAGCACCUCGCGGUGCGAAGAUGCUGGCCGGGGCAAAGAUAGCACUGCGAACCAAACCCCGCGGCUCCUCGUCCUCCCCUCGCCCUCGAACACCAGAACGGCGCCGGCACCGACCUUGUAAGCCCGCCAUCCCCUUCCUCGCCGAGCUCAAAUCCAUCCCCGACCCCGCCGCCGCCCUCCGCCACCUCCUCUCCGCCUCCCCCCGCUUCCACGACCACCCUUCCUGCGCCGCCCUCGUCUACCGCCUCGCCCGCGCCCGCCUCUUCUCUCACCUCGACUCCCUCCUUCAUUUCCUCCGAUCCCAACAAAUCCCCUGCAAAGAAUCCGUCUUCAACUCCCUCAUCCACCAUUUCGGCAAAGCCGGUCUCCCCGACCGAGCCUUCCGCCUCUUCCUCGACCUCCCUUCCUUCAACUGCCCUACCGCCCCCUCCCUCCAGACCUUGAACUUCCUUCUCAAUUCCCUUGUCGACAAUGGCCGCCUCGACGAUGCCCGAGGAUUGCUCGACCGGUGCUCCGACUUCCAUAUACGUCCGAAUACCGUCUCUUAUAAUAUAAUCCUCAAAGGAAGCUGCUGCAAAAAGGAUGGACUUGAAGAAGCCCGUCAAGUGUUUGACGAAAUGGUCAAGAGAGGGGUCAGGCCGUCGUUUGUCACUUAUAAUAUACUCAUCGGGUUCCUUAGUAGGAACGGGGACGUGAACAUGGGUUUGAGGUUGAAAGAGGAGAUGAGUGAGAAGGGAACGCACCCGAAUGCAGUCACCUAUGCUUUGUUGAUGGAAGGAUUGUGCUUGGAGGGGAAGUAUGAUGCUGCGAAGAAGAUGAUGUUCGACAUGGAGUACCAGGGUUGCAAGACUAAGGUGGUGAAUUAUGGGGUUUUGAUGAGUGAUUGCGCGAGGAGAGGCGAUUUUGAAGGGAUGGAAGGGCUGCUUGCGGAGAUGAAGAGGAGGAAGAUCAAGCCGGAUGUUGCGAUUUAUAACAUUUUGAUCAACUACUUGUGUUUCGAAGGUAGAGUUGAUGAGGCUUAUAAGGUAUUGGUGGAGAUGCAGAUUAAGGGAUGCGAGCCCGGUGCGGCGACAUAUCGGAUGAUGCUUGAUGGGUUUUGUAGGGUGAAGGAGUUCAAGAAGGCGUUAGGAGUUCUGAGCGCAAUGCUGGCGAGCAAGCAUUGCCCGAGGGUGGAGAGCUUCAGGUGCUUGGCAAUGGGGCUUUGUGAGGGUGGGAGGUUGGAUGAUGCUUGUUUUGUUUUGGAGGAGAUGGAGAAGAAAAAGGUGGGGUUGGAUGGUGAAGGAUGGUGUGUCUUGGUUGAGGCUGUUUGUGGGAGUCAUGGGAGUGGGAAUGAGCUUUUAGGUGAGUUAACUUGUGCAAAAUUCCUGCAGAAUGGGGAGGGAGAAGGGUAAAUAUAUAUAUAUAUAUAUAUAUA